AAAGCCUAUAUGCAACAAACAGUGUUAUGUGAAAUCAUCAUCUGCAUCGAUAGUCGCUGCAGUAUAGGAAGAAAAGAUAGGAGAAACAAAAUUUAGUUUGUUUACCUUUACUCUCAUUACUCUUCGGUGAUGGUGUCGCGAAAAUUCAUAUAACUACAUACAUUAUAAAAAACCUCAAAUAUAUCGAUUUUUUUUUCUACUUACGCUUCUGAUAGGUAGUAAUUCUACCUGCGAUUCAAAAUUUACCGUGCAAAAAAUGUUUUUACUUCGUAAUUAUUCACGCGCCUUUUAUAAAGUGUUGUAAAAAGAAUUUUAUGAUUCAAACUCGCCAAAUUAUUAAUAAUGUUUUGGGAAACGAUAGUUCAGAAAACCUUGAUCAGUGGAGAUGCAGUGUUAAUGAUGGCUGUUUACUGUGUGGUAAUUUUAGCAAAUAUAUGUGGGUACCAGAAACGCUAGCCAGAAUCAAUAAGUGGUAGAUGGUAAAUGUAUGGAGUUUGACAGCCACACGAGCCCCCUGGAGUCGCGUAAUCAAAUUACCGAGCCUAUGGCAUCCCUAUACCGAGUAACAGUGGAUGACAAUGAACUCAUGUCCUGGGCUCAAAUUAAUUUGUGCCCGCUGUCAGCAGUAAGAUGACGAUGUAUGAAAAGAAGCGGUGAUAUGCUAUCUCGUUUUUACAUAUGUUGAGAUGUUAGCCCUUGAAACAUGGGGUGAUGCCAAAGGGGUGCAAAUUAUAUAGCGGUGCCACUUAUAGCGAAUUUCUUUAUUCCACUGUGUGCGGGCAAAACUGCGGAGGAAUAAUAGACGUCAUCGCCAUUCAAGACGCAAGUAAGAAAGAGAUGCCAGAUAAUUGUUUACGAACUUAACACGUGCAGUGGUGGGUUGAAGCCAACCCGGUGGCAUCACUGACGUUUACGUACAACAUAAGUGAAACCAGCAUUAGCUGGAUCACUGGAUCAAUUUCACAUGCAAUUUGACAGCUGAUUCAUCGAAACACGGAAAAAAGCAGUGUUCAUACGUGCAUACAGUGUCGGUGUUCAGCAGCAGUGUGUUUAUGUGUUGUUUUCGGAAUGUACACAACGUUUAUUCUUGCCGAUUUCGAACGGCGGUGUUUCUUUCAGGCGGCUGACAUCGCGGGAUGAUUUAGGGAUUAACAUCUCAAUGUAUGUGUAAAUGAGAUAGUAUGUCGACACUACCUUUAAACAUUAACAAAGUUAAGCUAAACUUUUAUUUAAAUGAAUAAAUUGAUUCGAGCGCAUAAUUCUGUACAACAUAUAUUAUGCUUCGUUCGUCAUGCUUACACUGCUGUGUGAACAAACCUUCAAAAACAUAGAUGAAACUAGCGCCACUGUCUUUCACGGCAGCUUCAGGAAACAAGGCCGAUGCCACCGGGUUGGUUGAAGCUGACAAAUUUUACAGUGCGCUUCGGGCAGUACGGCAGGUCAAAACUGGGUCAAAAUCGAGCGAAUAAAGAAGAGUUUUGACUGCAGUUAGUGCGCUUUCAGGUCAAAACGAGGUGAGCUGGUGGAAUAAAAAAAUUCGCUAUUAGCAAUACUCAGAGGGAGAGAUAUGCGAAGAGAAUGUUGUGAGCCAAACGAACAUGUCAAAAUCUGAGCCAACCGAACAAGAAAGGAGUUUCACCGUCACCAUCAGUCUACGAAUCAAAUUAAAAAGUUAGUCCACAUUGCGCUUUGAGAAGAGAUCUGGCACCUCUGACACGUGAAACCUAGUUGCCAAAUUGGCGGUUUUUUUCAUCGCUUAUCUCUCUCUCUCUGAGUAAGGAGGAGCAAACGAAAACAUUGACGACUGGCGCGAAAUGUGAAUAUUCAUACCUGCGUGGUAGUAUCGGAAGUAUAAACAAAUUAUAAUUCAUAAGUCGCAACCAUUAAGUGUAACACCAAUAAAACAUUUUAAAAUUAAAGUAAUGAUUUUUAGCCAGGAUUACGUGCGUUCUGUGGAAGACGUACAUAAUAUAAUCAAAUAUGCUAAAGUCGACCACAAUAAUCUCACUAAUACGGCUCAGGCCAUCUACUAUCCCGAUGUCGUUGCUCGACCGGAAAUGGCAAACCUCAAGCUGCUAGAAGUAGACGAUCAUAUUCUUCAGCAGAUCUCCGAAGGAAAGUCAGUUGCAUUCAAGGGCGCUCUCAAUGAAAAAGUAGUAAUUUGUACUGAGUCGCGCACUUACGAUGUAAAAGAGGCAGAGAUUUCCAACAGCUUACUGUUGGUUCCACGUCUGAAACUGGCACAAGCAACUAGCAGGUCGCCUAUUAAAAGCCCCAAGGGUGGCGUUAAUACAUCUUUGGACAGCAGCAUCGAAGAAACAGAUGAACCAGUUGAUAGUAUCGACCAAAUCGAGCGAAAGGAUGUCGUGAAGAUCUUUCACGAUUAUUUUGAGUGUCGUCAGGUUAAACCGAAGUAUCGCAAGAUAAUCGAUCUGCUCCGUUUGACUCGGUAUUCUGGGCCUGAAAACGAACACCUUGUUGAUCGGUCGCUGCUUUUUAGAUUCAAUCAGCUACUGGACACGGUUCAGUGCAGUCGGGAAGAAUUCCAGGAAGGCCUAAAAAAGUAUCGAGCAAUUGAAAUUGAGAACAAAAUACGAAUGCUACACAGCGAAUAUGAAUAUCGCGUUCUAACACUUAUGUUAGCUUUAGUAGCGGAAAAUUCGUGGCAGCUAGAUGAAAUCGAUAAGGCUGCAACCAUAGAAGCUCUAGAUGGCAUUGUCCCGUACGAUGUUGUCGAUCGCAUCUUUGAUGUCUAUACGGAGCCAAGUGAAAAUUUGACAGAUCGAUUUCGCUAUCGAGAAGAUCUUGUCUGUGCGCUUUUUGCAGAGAAUAUUUUGCAGCAAGGGUUGAAGUUUCACAUUGAGGACUUUUUUAAUAACUGGCAACAAACAUUACCGGAAGGUUUCAAGGUGGAUGAAAAGCAUCUUCGCGGGAUAGGCAUCAUUGAUCGGGAAGGACCGGUUCCAUGCGUACGGGGCUUAAAUGAGGCUGAUUUACCCACCAAUCUUCUAGUUCGACUCAACAUGCUUUUCAGAACUAAAGAGCGAUGGAACUUGGAACAAAUUGAACCCUACAUAGAGUGUUUUACAACGCCAACUUUGGGAGUCACAUCGAUUCUGGCUAAACAUACCCGUUCGUUAGUUGUUAGUGGAGUGCGAAUCUACGUGUCGAAGCAUUAAAAAAAAUAAAGACAUUUUCGACUGUUUUGAUAUUUAUUUUAACAAAAUAAUUAUACAUAUUAUUUUUGAUACAAUUAGUCGCUAAACUUC